AUGGAGCGGUUUCCGUCCGACUUUGGGUUGAUGUGCCAAAGCGCAUACUAUAAAGUCCGCAAGGUCGACAUUCUCCGAGAGGUUCCUUCUUUUCGUCGGUAUCUUGAAGUAUGUCCUCAUUACUAUACCCAUGAGUUUAUCCCCGGCCCGAUAUAUCCCCGGCAGCUGGCCAAACUCGUUGACUUUUUCUGGACGGGCUCCUACGCUUUCACGGCCGAUGAGGCCCUGCAGUAUCCUCUGCGCUUCAGCGUCGACAACUGUCUUUGUGACGGCUGCAACAACUGGUGCCGGCUGCUCAGAGCCCAUUUUGACAUGUUUCUUGUCGCUCGCUGGCUCCAAAUGGAUCAGCUUCAGCACAAGGCCAUGGAGGCCUUCCAAGAGGCUCUCCACGGUGCGCCCAUCAAGGUUGUCAUGUGGGCCAUUCGAUGCGUCUACGGCUCUCCGUACUCUGCCAAGAGAUGCGACAGUAACGGUGAGCGUUACUCCCUGGGACAGAUCCCUGACUAUAGACAGCAUUUCGUCGUCCCUGCCAUUCUCGAGCAUUGCCAAAGACCGCCAACUGCUGGCGAUCCAUGUCAAUCGAUGUUUGACAUUUCGGCCCUGGGCAACUUCCAGGAGCUGCUGCUCCUGUAUCCAUGUCUGAGGGAGGAUAUCAAUUGCUGGAUCAGUCCUGCUUCACAAGUAUCGUCCGCGAAUUUUUCUUUCUUGGCUUAG